AUGUAUUUAGUUCAGAUCCUCAUGGAAAAUGACACAGACAGAGCAAAGAAAAAAAUACUAAAUGAAUGCAUCUACCCUGUUUGGAUUCAUCUACCAGCUUUGAAGCUUAACUUGUGGAAUGCUAAAAGUAUAAGUAAAAUUGCAAGCGCUGUUGGUCAUCCAAUUACCACGGAUAAACUUACAGCUAAUAAGAAAAGAUUAGCUUAUGCAAGGGUUCUUGUGGAAGUGACUAUGCCUUCUCCUCUUCCAGAUUGUAUUACCUUAAAGGGUCCAGAUGGCAAACUUUAUAAUCAAAAGAUUUUAUAUGAGCUAAAGCCUAGAUGGUGUAAUCACUGCAAGAUUGUGGGGCAUGACACUUUGUACUGCAAGAGAUUUCCUAGAAUUCAGAGAUGGAUUCCUAAAGUUUCUGCAGCUCAGAAUACACAAAAAAACCAUGUGCAUGUUUCUAGUGUCAAUGAUAUUCCCCCAAAGAUUCAGACAACAGUGGCUCCUGCUCCCCCAAAUGAUCCAGUGCCUAUAUUUAAUAUAUCACAAAUGUCUGGUGGGAAGGAUAAAGUUUCAGCUGUAAGCUUGCCUGUGCAUGUUUCUCAGCUUAGUGAAAAGUCUGGAAAAUUUCAGCAGCAGGAUAAGGAAAAGGAGUUAUCUCCUAAUUCUCAUGAGAUUCAAGGACAGCAAGUGUGCACAACUCCACAGUUUUCAGGGUUGCAUAGUCUUGUGCAUGGAGUACGUGCACAACUUUCUAAUUCUGAAGGCAAUUUUCAAGUCCCUCAAACUAGCAAUGCUUGGACUCAAGUUCAAAGUAAUAAGCAGAGGAAAAAAUAUACUCCAGCAAAUUCUUUCUCUCAACUUGAGUAUCUUGAAUUGGAUCCCUCAGUAAUAGAUAGAGGGGGUGAUCUUUUUUGA